AGGUAUAACGCAAAAAAGCAACACGCAAAAAGGCAUCACGCAAAAAGGCAACACGCAAAGAAGCAGUACGCAACGAGGCUUAACGCAAAAAGGCAACACGCAAAAAGGCAUCGCAAAAAAGGCAAUUUGCAAAAAGGUUUCCUUAGGAUCCAGGCCUGGAGCUUAAACAAUAUUAUUUAGUACAUACUGUAAGCAAACCGAAAUGGUAUUCUAACGAGACAUUCCAUCUUGCUCACCUCGUGAGGUGCUUAUUCGGUACCUUAGGCGUGUCCUGAUUGAUAUAUUACAACAAGUCCAAAACGGAAUUGACAGCUAUUGCAUUUCUGACGAUGAUCCCACCAUAUGAGGGAUCAUCCUCAGAUUGACGGCAAUUUUCCACUGCUGUUAACGCUGCACGAAGAACCGCUAAAACCUGUCCGCCAUCUUGGUAAAGAUGUGCCGAUCUCAAAAAUAAAUCAAUUAAGUUUUCCAGUCAGAAAGAAAUGCAAUCCUUGUCAAUUCCGUUUUGGACUUGUUGUAAUAUAUCAAUCAGUGCACGCCUAAAGUACUGAAUAAGCACCUCACCUCGUUCGAAUAUAAUUUUUGCAAUGCCUUUUUGCGUGUUGCCUUUUAGCGUUUAUGCCUCUUUGCCUACUGCCUUUUUGCGUGAUACCUUUUUGCGUGCUGCCUCUUUGCGUGAUGCCUUUUUGCAUGUUGGCUCUUUGCGUUAUCCCUCUUUGCGUGAUGCCUUUUUGCAUGUUGGCUCUUUUCGUUAUCCCUCUUUGCGUGUGGCCUCUUUGCGUGAUGCCUUUUUGCAUGUUGGCUCUUUGCGUGAUGCCCCUUUGCGUGUUGCGUCUUUGCGUUAUGCCUUUUUGCGUGUUG